AUGCCUAUAACUGCGCCCAGUGCAGCAUCCGGCGGCGUGCCGAACCCCACAGAUGCUUACAUGAUGCGUGCAUCCUUUCUGUCUAAGAGGCGCACCCAUCCGGGCCCCCUUCUCGUCGUCAUCGACCUCAACGGCACGCUCCUGCAUCGGCCCAACAAGAGGAAUUCGUCCAAUUUCAACGCGCGGCAUCACGCGCGCCAUUUCAUCAAGUACUGCGUCGACACCUUCUGGGUCGUCAUCUGGUCGUCCGCCCGGCCCGACAAUGUCAAACGCAUGGUGAACGGCCUCCUGUCCCCCUCAGCGUUGCAGCAAGUCAUCGCGGUUUGGGGCCGCGACAAGUUCGGCCUCACAGCGCACGACUACAAGGUCCGCACCCAGUGCUACAAGCGGUUGACGUCCCUUUGGGAUGACCCUAUGGUACAGAGCUCGUACCCGAGCACGCGGAAAGGCUUCGAGAAUGGCUGUUGGGAUCAAGGGAACACGGUGCUGAUCGACGACUCGGCCGAGAAGGCGCGCAGCGAGCCACACAACGCGAUCACCCUCCCCGAGUUCACGGGCGACAUGGCCGAGGAGGGAGACAUCCUCCCCAAAGUGCACGACUAUCUCAACGAGUUGUGCUACCAGGAGGAUGUGAGCACGUAUAUGCGGGCAAACCCGUUCAAGAUGGCGUAG